AAAAAGUAGAGAAUUUAAGAAAGAAAGAAGGGAAGGAAGGUCACACUUGUGACCCCAUUAGACAGAGAGAGCAAAAAGGUGGAUAAUUAGAAAAAUGCACCAUCAAAUGUAUGGUAAAAGAGAGAAGCACAUCAACAAAAAGUAAUAAAAGAAAGCUGUUCUCUUCUUUUGCCUCCCAUCCUUGUUUCUUUUAAAAACACUCUUCUAAGCACAAGAUUCAGAAAAAAAAGGUCCCCAAAGAUCAUCAUCAUCAUCAUUCCUAGACUUCUUCAAACCCCAAGAUCCCAAAAUUAGCUUAAACAACAUUCAAGAAGAAGAAGAAAGAAACCAAAAAAAAAAAAAAUAUCAUGAAAGGUACUAGAAGAGGGAAAGGACCUCCUUCAACAGACCUUUUAGUAUGUUUUCCAUCAAGAGCACAUUUAACACUUAUGCCAAAACCAAUAUGUAGCCCAGUAAGACCUUCAGAUUCCAGCAAACGCCACCACAAUCACCAUGACCUCAAGAAAACUAGCACCAGAAUUGCUGGAGUUCAAGCCCAAUCUAGUCCUCUGCUUUGGGCUAAAUCCAAGAAUUCAGAGAUCAUCUCAGAGCCCACUUCACCAAAAGUCACCUGUGCAGGGCAGAUCAAGGUAAGGCCAAAGCAGGGUAAAUCAUGCAAGAAUUGGCAAUCAGUGAUGGAAGAAAUAGAGAAACUACACAACAGAAAAGCUCAAAAGAAGAAAGGUCCUAAUUGGAUGGAAACAAUUGGAUUGAAGAAAGAUGUAAUGCAAUUCUUGACAUGUCUUCGUAACAUAAGGUUUGAGUUUCGAUGCUUCGGUUCAUUUCCAACAGCAACUCAUGACAUUACCUCUGAUGAUGACGACGACAACGACGAUGAUGAAUUACAAGAAGAAAAUCAUAUAAGUAGAGAGAUAAAUGAUGAUGAAGAUGAAGAAGAAUCUUCAAGAACUGUAUUCUCCAAAUGGUUCAUGGUUUUACAAGAUGAAAAUCAGAAAACAGAGUCUACUAAAACAGAGUGUUUUGAUAAUGAUAAUGAUAAUGAUGAUGAUGUUCCUAAUUGUGUACCACCACCUAAUGCACUUUUACUCAUGCGUUGUCGUUCUGCUCCCCCGAAAACCUGGCUUCAAGAAACACAGCAACAACAAGAGGAGGAGGACAGUGAAGAAGAAAAAGAAGCGAAAUCGACUGUGGAAGAAAUGGAAAACAAGAAGAAAAAUGAAAACUUAGUAGUGAUGAGAUAUGGGAGUGAUUUCCACAAAUUUUCUGCAGAUAUAGCAAAGGAGACAUGGGUUGUGGGUGGUGUUAGAGAUCAAUUAGCUAAAAGCCGAAGCUGGAAAAGGUAAUUAACACAACAUAACACGACAACAGUUAAAAAAUUGCAGCCUUCAGAUAUAGCAUAAAGUUACGAAGGUUGUACUUGUAAACCAACUCCUACAGCAAAAUAGGCACAAAGAAAGAGCAAAUGACCUGACCAGCCUACAAAAUCAACUUCAAGCUCAUUUUUUUUUUCCGCUUACAUUAUCUUCCUAUAGUAUUAUACAUAUUUCUGAUGUUUGGAUUUCUUAAUUCUUCUUGAGUUUGUGUUGGUAUUCCGUACUCUGAAGAAUCGAGCUUUUGGUAUUUUAUUCUUGAGAUUGCAGAACCUUGUGUAUACUCUGCUAAAGAAAGUUUCUUUCAAUUUUUGAUUUUUUUUUGUGUUUUGUUGUUUCAUUGACCAAUGUAUGCAUUUUAGUGAAGGACUUCCACAUUAUUUUGUUAAGAUAAAUGUUCCCUCAAUACUUUUAA